AUGGGAUUAUUGGGAUUAUUGGGAUUAUUAUGGGAUUAUUGGGAUUAUUAUGGGAUUAUUGGGAUUAUUAUGGGAUUAUUGGGAUUAUUAUGGGAUUAUUGGGAUUAUUGGGAUUAUUAUGGAAUUAUUGAGAUUAUUAUGGGAUUAUUCGGAUUAUCAUGGGAUUAUUGGGAUUAUCAUGGGAUUAUUGGGAUUAUUAUGAGGUUUUUCGGAUUAUGUUUGGAUUCCUCGAACUUUUCAGAUUCCCACAAGAUUGUUGGGAUAGCAGUGGGAUUCACAGAACUUUUUCUUACAAUGGAGGUACUUGUAUUGUAA